GUCUCCAUCCACCUCUGGACAUUGAGCUGGAGACGAUCAACUGCACUGCAGUCCGGGUCAAGUGGUGGAUACCCUGGAGACACAUCAGUACUGUUACGGGUUACAAGGUGUUUUACACUGAGAUGAGGAAUGGCCGUCCAGCAAGUUCAGCUGUAGCAGUGAAUGUUCGUCUCAGUCUGGACAUGUUGGCUACAGUAAAGUUCAAUGGGCACACAAUUUUUGAUGUAGAAAUUGGCAGUUUGAAGAUGGCAGCUCAGUAUGUGUUUAGUGUCGGUGCGUAUGGAUGGGCAGGAGAGGGACGACCCAGCGUGCCACGGAGAGUCAGCACCUUCCAACCAGAGAUGUGCAUGCCCCCCUCGGCCCCCUCGCAACCAGCCGUAGGGGCUGUUUCGGAUACUGAAACCGAGUUGUCAUGGAAACAGAGUGAAAGAAAGGGAAGCUCACCUGUCCUUCAUUUCAUUGUGUUUUAUAUCAGACCAGAGCUGGACUCUGAGUGGACGUCCCUAAAGGAUCCAGUGAACAGCAGCUCGGUGGUUGUGAGAGGACUGGAUCCUGACACUCAGUACCAUUUUGCUGUCCAGGCAGUCAAUGUCUACGGAGCCAGCCCACACAGUGCCAUCACUGACCCAAUAUGGACCUUCAGUGUGCAGGAGGGGGGCAGCGGGAGCUUGGGUCAGGGUUCUCCUGGCAACGGCAACAUUAAUCAGGAGGRUUUGACUGAUGUUAAGAACUCUGAUUAUGGGGCCCUCAUUCAGGAGCCACUUUUCUCUCCAGAAGAAGACAGAAGAUCUCUGCCGAGGUCCCGAACAUGGAGUCCCAUCUCACACACAGGGGGAGGAGGAAUGUCUCCUAGAGAGAACACUGCUGAUUCUGGCACCAUCAUCACUGCUAACAAGGCAGCCACUAUAAUAUCCACCUCUACCACACCCAUUCCCGCCAACCACACCCUUACCACCAACCCAGUUGCCCUCACCUCGUCUCCAGGCCUGGAUAGCAUUCUUCCGACCCCUAGCUCAGCCCCAAUCCCGGCCCACUCCACCYUGGCUGGCCCCCUCUCCCCUACCCCUCCCAGCCCUAGGUCCCAGUGGAAUGGACAGGUGAGGGAGCUUUAUGACCUGGCCUGUGAGGACGCUGUGUGUUCUCUCAACAGUGUGUGUAUAGAUGAUUACCAAAGUGGGGGAUCUCGCUGUUACUGUGCCCUGGGCCGAGGAGGGGACGCCUGCUCUCAGGUUGUAGUGGUGAAAUAUCCACAGUUUUACGGCUUCUCCCAUGUUGCCUUUGAGCCUCUGAAGAAUUCCUAUCAAUCCUUUCAGAUCAUGCUUGAGUUUAAGACUGACUCCGAGAAUGGCCUUCUGUUGUUCUGUGGGGAGAAUGAACAUGGCAGUGGAGACUUCACCUCACUGGCUCUCAUACAUGGGAAGCUCCACUUUAGGUUUAACUGUGGCACAGGCACUGCCCAGAUAGUGAGUGGGAGUCGGGUGGCACUGGACCAGUGGCACAGUGUCGUUGUCGGCAGGGAGGGUGCGAUUGGCUGGCUAAGACUGGACAAUGACACACCUGUGACAGGACAUGCACAGGGCGACUACAAUAAGAUCACAUUCAGAACCCCUCUUUACGUGGGCGGCUCCCCUAAUGCUUAUUGGCUGGCCAGGACAGCAGGGACCAAUCGGGGUUUCCAGGGGUGUAUCCAGACGCUAAGUAUCAACAGCAGGGUGACGGACAUGAGGCCUUGGCCAAUGGGAUGGGCUCUUAGUGGGGCGGAUGUGGGUGAAUGCAGUGCCAGUGUCUGUGAAGGGGUCACCUGUGCCAAUGAAGGAACUUGCUUUGCCAGCCAUGCAGAUGGGUACAUAUGUCUGUGUGCACUGGGUUAUAGGGGUCCUCUAUGCCAGGAGAGCUUCCAGCUGGUGGUGCCGUACUUUAAUGCGUCUGUGCUGUCAUACGCUAGCGCCCUCUGGCCUCGGUCCUCCAGACACUACCUGUCCUGGAUGGAGUUUGAGGUGACCUUCAGGCCGACGGCUCCUKAUGGCAUUCUGCUCUACAGCCAGGACUCAGCCAGCAGAGACUUCCUGUCAAUCAGUCUGCUGGGAGGAUACUUGGAGUUCAGCUUCGACUGUGGCUCUGGGACAGCCACCAUCAGGAGUGAAGAGACGGUCACAAUGAACGAGUGGCAUGAGCUGCGUGUCUCCAGGACGGGCAGAGAGGGCAUCCUGCAGGUGGAUAACCAGAUGCCCACACACAGCCUGGGUGAGGGAGCAUUCACUCAGAUCAGGUGCAGCGGUCCUCUGUACAUCGGGGGCGUUCCAGAACACACCAAUCCCAGGACUAAGAUCAACGCUGGUGCUGCUCUGCUCCAUCACUUCACUGGCAGUAUCCAAAAGAUCACUCUUAAUGAGCGCAGCAUCCGUCUGCCCCAGGACUUCUCUGAAGGGGUAAACAUAGAGAACUCCCUGCACCCCUGUGUAGACUCACCCUGUGCCAACAGGGGCACGUGCCGCCCAAAACAGGCCUUGUAUGAGUGUGACUGUCCCCUGGGAUACACUGGAAAGCACUGCCUACAAGUAACCGAGGCAACUGAGACUCCCCAGUUUAUUGGACGAAGCUACCUCGUUUAUAACAACAAGGACAUUUUAAAGAGGGUGUCAGGCUGCAGGACUCAUGUGUUGCUGCGCUUUAGGAGCUCYGCUCAGGAUGGCUUGUUGCUAUGGCGAGGCCACACUCCUGUGAGGGCCAACAGUGACUUUGUUUCUCUGGGCUUGGAGGACGGGGCUCUCAUCUUCAGCUAUAACCUUGGAAGUGGUGUUGCCAUAGUAAUGAUCAAUGGAACCUUUAGUGAUGGACAAUGGCAUCGGGUCAAGGCAAUCAGAGAUGGCCAGUAUGGGAGCCUGACAGUGGACCACUAUGAGACCAGUACAGGGAGAUCACCAGGCAACAUGAGACAGCUCAAUACCAACAGCAUGGUGUACCUUGGUGGAAUGAAAGAGGUUGGCUUGUAUAACCAUGGCCAGUACCUGUGGGGCCUGGUGGGCUGCAUUUCUCAACUCACCCUCUCUACUGACUACCACCUGUCUCUGGUGGAGGAUGCAGCCGCUGGCAAGAACAUCAACACAUGCAGGCCCUGACAGCUGCUGACCUCGUUUCCCUGGGCACUCAUUUACAGGGGGGACUCAUUUACACGGGGGACCAUGAGCAGACUAUAUCAUGUUUUAUAAUUAUGUUCAUAUUUACUGUAUGUCUUGGGAUGAACCCAAACACUCAAUUGAUGGUUAAACUUGCAAAUAUUUGAUUAUUUAUUGUUUUUUUACUGUAAAGAAUUUCCAUUGUUUUGAAAAUGUAUUGAUUUUUUUAAUGGGAUUCCCGUCUCAUGGACAGUAGAGGCAUGAAACAGCCUUCUAGAAUCUCUUUGUGCCUGAUACUGAGGUGGGGUGUAGGGUUUUGUACUGUCAGAUACUGCUAUCCAGCUGUUUUGUGUAUUUAAUCCCGUAAUACAUGCAUUGUAUUACUUUACGUUCAUAUUCUUAAUUAACUCCUAUUAGUUCUUAUUGUUGUUGCAUUGUAGAGAAGGAACCUGCAAGUAAGCAUUUCCUUGGACAGUGUACACCAUGUGUAUCCUGUACAUAUGACGAAUACAACUUUCAACUUGUAUUGUAACCAUAUAUCUGUCAAAGGAAAUGUAUAGGAUGUAUAUGUAUUGCAAUAUGCAGAAGAUUUUCUGGAUGUGGAAAUGUAUACAAAUGCCAUAACAUGUCCUGACAUGCCUUUUUACAAACAUAAACAUUUUAAAUAGCA